UGGAAGUCACUCGGGCCACCGGAGCUGGCGGCGUCUCCAGCGAGCAGCGCGGGGCCGGACGCCGCGGUCGUGGGGCCCGCAGGGCACGCAGCGAAGACGCCCAGAUGUACAGUCUUUGACGUCGGCUCUCCGGGGACCCUCCAGGACCAUUAGUGUUGAGAACUACUGAGGCAUGGCUGGGGAGACACCCUUGCUGCCCGCUCUGCCCUGCUGAGCCGCUGUGUCCCGAGCCCCCAGGACAGCCCCUGCCUCCUGAGGUUGUCCUGGCUCAGCUGUCCACAGCGAUGGUGGAGAACUGGACUGCACAGGCUCACAACCUUCGCAUCUGGUUUCAGGGGCCAGCAUCCUUCAUCCUGGGCCUGGCGGCCCUGAACAAUGGCUGAGGGCCAGGGGACCCCAUAGAGCUACACCUCAGCUUCCAGGGCCCAGCAGCACUCCAGUGCCCGUGGACUAUGACCACUUAUCGGCCCCUUCCCAGUGAUGGCGUGGACCUGGCAGCCAGCUGUGGGGCCAGAGCUGCUGACGUCCUGCCUGGGCCACACACGGGGGACUACACUCCCGUGGGAUUCUGGGCCCAAAAUGGCAGCAUGUCCCAGCCCCUUGGUGAGAACCCAGCCACCUCUACCACCCGCCCCAGCCCCACCACCCCAGCGAUGCCCAAGAUGGGCGUGCGUGCAAGAGUGGCCGACUGGCCGCCCAAGCGGGAGGCCCUGAGAGAGCAGAACAACCCGAGCCCCUCCCAGGAUACAGAUGGCGUGAAGGCCACCAAGGUGGCCCAUUCCAUGAGGAGCGUACAGAACGGGCAGCCUCCCGCCAGCACCCCGGCUUCCUCAGGGUCCAGAGCCUUCCACCGGCUCUCCAGGAGAAGGUCCAAAGAUGUGGAAUUCCAGGACGGGUGGCCGCGGUCCCCCGGCAGGGCCUUCCUCCCCCUGCGGCACCGCAGCAGCAGCGAGAUCACCCUUAGCGAGUGCGACGUGGAGGACACGGGGGAGCCGCGGGGCCCCCGGCACACGGGCGCGUUGCCCCUCUUCCGCGAGUACGGCAGCACCUCGUCCAUCGACGUGCAGGGCGUGCCGGAGCAGAGCUUCUUUGACAUUCUGAAUGAGUUCCGCAAUGAGCAGCCCGAGGCCCGCGGCUCCCAGGCGCUCACCGAGCUCCUCCGGGCAGAUCCCAGCCCGCAUCUGGCGGGGGGCGGCUGCGGAGCCAAGGGGGACCCCCGCAACGGGCAGCCCGGCAAGGACAGUCUCCUCCCGCUGCAGCCCAUGAAGGAGAAGGAGAAGGCCCGGAAGAAACCUGCGCGGGGCCUGGGCGGCGGGGACACGGUGGACUCGUCCAUCUUCCGCAAGCUGCGGAGCAGCAAGCCUGAAGGCGAGGCGGGCCGGUCCCCGGGGGAGGCGGAGGAGGGGCGCAGCCCCCCGGAAGCCAGUCGGCCCUGGGUGUGCCAGAAGAGCUUUGCGCACUUUGACGUGCAGAGCAUGCUGUUCGACCUCAACGAGGCGGCCGCCAACAGGGUGGCGGUGGCGCAGCGGCGCAACACCACCACGGGCGCCUCCGCGGCGUCGGCCGCCUCGGCCAUGGCCUCCCUGGCGGCGUCGCGGGCGCACAGCCUGGGCGGCCUGGACCCCGCCUUCACCAGCACAGAGGACCUGAACUGCAAGGAGAACCUGGAGCAGGACCUGGGCGAUGACAACAGCAACGAGCUGCUGCUCAGCUGCCCGCACUUCCGCAACGAGAUCGGCGGCGAGUGCGAGCGCAACGUGAGCUUCUCCCGGGCCUCCGUGGGCUCCCCGGGGGGCAGCGAGGGCCCCCUGGCCGAGCCCAGCCUGAGCUCCUACCGCACCAACGCCAGCAUCUCGGUGCUGGAGGUGCCCAAGGAGCAGCAGAGAACGCAGAGUCGACCCCGGCAGUACAGCAUCGAGCACGUGGACCUGGGCGCCCGAUACUACCAGGACUACUUCGUGGGCAAAGAGCAUGCCAAUUACUUUGGUGUGGAUGAGAAGCUGGGGCCCGUGGCCGUGAGCAUCAAGCGGGAGAAGCUGGAAGACCACAAAGAUCACGGACCUCAGUACCAGUACAGGAUCAUCUUCCGGACCCGCGAGCUCAUCACCCUGCGGGGCUCCAUCCUGGAAGACGCCACGCCCACAGCCACGAAGCAUGGGACUGGACGGGGCCUACCGCUGAAGGAUGCGCUGGAGUAUGUCAUCCCUGAGCUCAACAUCCACUGCCUGCGGCUGGCUCUCAACACUCCCAAGGUGACGGAGCAGCUCCUGAAGCUGGACGAGCAAGGGCUCUGCCGGAAGCACAAGGUGGGCAUCCUCUACUGCAAGGCAGGCCAGAGCUCCGAGGAGGAGAUGUACAACAACGAGGAGGCCGGCCCUGCCUUCGAGGAGUUCCUCUCCCUCAUCGGCGAGAAGGUCUGCCUCAAGGGGUUCACCAAGUACGCUGCCCAGCUGGACGUCAAGACCGACUCCACGGGAACCCACUCCCUCUACACGACGUACCAGGACUACGAGAUCAUGUUCCACGUCUCCACCCUGCUCCCUUACACCCCCAACAAUAGGCAGCAGCUCCUGAGGAAGAGGCACAUAGGCAACGACAUAGUGACGAUCAUCUUCCAGGAGCCCGGAGCGCUGCCCUUCACCCCCAAGAACAUCCGCUCGCACUUUCAGCACGUCUUCAUCAUUGUCCGCGUCCACAACCCCUGCACUGACAGCGUCUGCUACAGUAUGGCUGUGACCCGAUCCAAAGACGCUCCUCCCUUCGGCCCCCCGAUCCCCGCUGGAACCCCCUUCCGCAAGUCCGACGUCUUCAGAGACUUCUUGCUGGCCAAGGUGAUUAACGCUGAGAACGCUGCGCACAAGUCCGACAAGUUCCACACCAUGGCCACCAGGACCCGCCAGGAAUACCUCAAGGACCUGGCCGAAAACUGUGUCUCCAGCACGCCCAUUGACUCCUCUGGCAAAUUCAACCUCAUCUCCCUGACCUCCAAGAAAAAGGAGAAGACAAAGGCGCGGGCAGGCGCCGAGCAGCACAGCGCGGGGGCCAUCGCCUGGAGGGUGGCAGCUCAGGACUAUGCCCAGGGGGUAGAAAUUGACUGCAUUUUGGGAAUUUCCAAUGAAUUCGUGGUGCUCCUGGACCUACGCACAAAGGAAGUGGUGUUCAACUGCUACUGUGGGGAUGUCAUUGGCUGGACCCCAGACUCCUCAACGCUGAAAAUCUUCUAUGGACGAGGGGACCACAUCUUCCUACAGUCCACAGAGGGUUCUGUAGAGGACAUCCGGGAAAUUGUACAGAGACUAAAGGUGAUGACCAACGGUUGGGAGACUGUGGACAUGACCUUGCGGCGGAACGGGCUUGGGCAGCUGGGCUUCCACGUGAAGUACGAUGGGACAGUGGCUGAGGUGGAGGACUACGGGUUUGCCUGGCAGGCCGGCCUCCGGCAAGGCAGCAGGCUGGUGGAAAUCUGCAAGGUGGCUGUGGUCACAUUGACCCACGACCAGAUGAUUGACCUGCUGCGCACCUCUGUCACCGUGAAGGUGGUCAUCAUCCCCCCUUUUGACGACGGCACACCCCGGAGGGGCUGGCCGGAGACCUAUGACAUGAAUACCUCGGAGCCCAAGACAGAGCCAGAAAGCAUCCUCCCGGGGGGCCGGCCCCCCUACCGCAGCAAUGCUCCCUGGCAGUGGAGCGGGCCUGCAUCCCACAACUCUCUCCCGGCCUCCAAGUGGGCUGCUCCGGCCACCCCUGGCCAUGCCCAGUCCCUGAGCCGGCCCCCGAAGCAGACCCCCAUGGUCCCCUUCCGGGAGUCGCAGCCACUGCACAGCAAGAGGCCUGUCAGCUUCCCAGAAACCCCUUACACAGCAUCACCAGCAGGGGCCGACAGAGUCCCUCCCUACCGACAGCCUUCUGGGAGCUUCUCCACCCCCAGCUCGGCCACCUACACAAGAUACAAGCCAUCGCCAGAAAGGUACGCGGCUGCCCCACACCCACUGCUGUCUUUUGAUCCCCACUUCGGCCACGAUGGGACAUCCAGUGGCGACUCCUCCUCAGGUGGGCUGACCAGUCAGGAGAGCACCAUGGAGCGCCAGAAGCCAGAGCCUUUGUGGCAUGUGCCAGCCCAGGCACGGCUCUCAGCCAUGGUUGGAAGCAGCGGGAGCAAGCACGCCUCCAGGCAGGAUGCAGCAGGCAAAGAUUCCCCCAACAGACAUUCCAAAGGAGAACCUCAAUACUCGAGUCAUUCCAGCAGCAAUACGCUCUCCAGCAACGCGUCCAGCAGCCACAGUGACGACCGCUGGUUCGACCCUCUGGACCCCCUGGAACCAGAGCAAGACCCCCUCUCCAAGGGCGGCUCCAGUGACAGCGGCAUUGAUACCACCCUCUACACCUCCAGCCCCAGCUGCAUGUCCCUGGCCAAGGCACCUCGGGCCACCAAGCCACACAAGCCCCCAGGAAGUAUGGGCCUUUGUGGCGGGGGACGCGAGGCCACCGGAAGGUCCCAGCACACGGACAGACGGCGGGAGGUGUCACCGGCCCCUGCAGUUGCUGGCCAGGGCAAGGGCUACCGACCGAAGCUAUACUCCUCAGGCUCCAGCGCCCCCUCUGGCCUGGCAGGGGGCAGCCGGGACCCACCAAGGCAGCCCAGUGAGAUGGGUUCACGGGCUGGCUACCCGGCUCAGGUUUACAAAACUGCCAGCACAGAGACUCCCCGGCCCUCCCAGCUGACCCAGUCCAGCCCCUUCCAGCUCUCCACCUCUGUCCCCAAGUCCUUCUUCUCCAAGCAACCGGUGCGCAAUAAGCACCCAACGGGGUGGAAGAGAACAGACGAGCCCCCACCACGGCCGCUCCCCUUCAGUGACCCAAAGAAGCAGGUGGACGCGAACACAAAGAACGUCUUCGGGCAGCCGCGCUUGAGGGCGUCCCUCCGAGACCUGCGGUCUCCCCGGAAGAACUACAAAUCCACCAUAGAGGACGACCUGAAGAAGCUCAUCAUCAUGGACAACCUGGGCCCAGAGCAGGAGCGAGACGCAGGGCAGUCGCCACAGAAGAGCCUACAGAGGACACUGUCAGACGAGAGCCUGUGCAGCGGGCGCCGGGAGCCCAGCUUCGCCAACACUGCCAGCCUGGAGCCAGGGCUGCCCAGCGACGUGCUCUUCACCAGCGCCUGCGCCUUCCCAGCCAGCACGCUGCCCGCCCGCCGCCAGCACCAGCACCCCCUCCCGCCCGGCGGUGGCGGCCCCAGCGCCAUCCCUGCUGCGGGCAACGGCUUCCUGGAGAAGAAAUCCACCAUCUCGGCCUCAGAACUGUCGCUGGCUGACGGGCGGGACCGGCCCCUGCGGCGCCUCGACCCCGGGAUGAUGCCACUGCCCGACACGGCUGCUGGUCUCGAGUGGUCCAGCCUGGUCAACGCGGCCAAGGCAUAUGAAGUGCAAAGAGCCGUCUCGCUCUUCUCUCUAAAUGACCCAGCCCUGAGCCCGGACAUCCCACCUGCACACAGUCCGGUCCACAGCCACCUGAGCCUGGAGAGGGGGCCCCAGACCCCCAGGACCACCCCCACCAUGAGCGAGGAGCCGCCCCUGGACCUGACAGGCAAGGUGUACCAGCUGGAAGUGAUGCUGAAACAGCUGCACACGGACCUCCAGAAGGAGAAGCAGGACAAAGUGGUGCUGCAGUCGGAGGUGGCCAGCCUGCGCCAGAACAACCAGCGGUUGCAGGAGGAGUCGCAGGCUGCCAGCGAGCAGCUGCGCAAGUUCGCGGAGAUCUUCUGCAGGGAGAAGAAGGAGCUCUGAGGGGGAGAGGCCGCGGCCCCCAGCACCCCGCCCUCCACCCAGCCCCUGGCAGGUCACCUGCAGGCCUGACCGAGAUAAUCCACCCAGGGCCCUGGCACCUGGACCUCCCCCACGGACUUGGAAACCCCAGGCUGGCAGUGGGAGCCAAAGGAGCCCUCACCAUGGCUGCGAGCCUGGGUCUGCUCAGGGUCCUGCAGCUCCAGAGGGUGACACAGUCUCCGCCUCCCUCUGAGGGCAAGACCGUGCCCACACUGCCCCCGAGGGCCCACUGUGCUGGGCCCUCGGCGGCCUCUUCUAGGCCUGGAAACCGGAAGCCAGAGGACGGGGAGGGGAGCCGGAGGCAGUCUCUUCACCACGGACAACCGAGUGCGGGCUCGCACAACCGAGUGCGGGCUCGCGGGCCCAGGAAGAAUGCACCUUGGAAGCAGAACCCCCCCCCCCCAACAGGGAGGCGAGGGCCCCGGGGGGAACAGGCAGGACUCCUCACUCCACAGUGUGCCAGCUCCAAAGAGCACGGAGGCAUGGCUUCCCGACCCCUCCUCCCGCCGCGCAGCCAGGAGCACUUUCUUAGAAUUUAAAUUAUUUUCUGGAGGGCCCCAGGAUGGAGAGGAAACCCCAGCCUCCAGAGUCGGCUUCUUCGAGAGAGAAGCUCUGUUUGUACAACUGGACGGGUUCUACGAUCCUUUUCUCCCAGCUCCUCUCCCGCCACCGGAGGCCACAGCGCCUGGGCUCCCAGCUGCUGACCUGCCUCCCAGCUGGCUCCCUCCUCCCCCUCCUCCUCCCCUCCUCUCUCCCCCUCCCCCCCUCCCCCUCUGCACACCAUGCCCAGCCCUGACCAGCAGCCACGGCCGGGCCUCCUCCUCGGGGCUCCAAGUUCAGAGCUGGAGAGAAACAGCCUUCAUCUCUCACCUGGUUUUGUUUUCUUUGUAAGCCUCCCAGCCCGUCUCCGCCGCCAGACACCCUCACUGUGCCCCCAGGACCCCGCGAGCCGCCCACUCUUGACCGGCAAUGAGGGGCAGCAAGCCGGCGCGCACCAUGCUGUUCACCCAGGAAACAGAGUUGCUUUUUUUCCUUCCUUAAAAACAAACAAAAAAUAUAUAUAUAUAUUUAUUUUUUCAUGUAGAGUUGCGCCAGAACAAGUCUGUAUGGCCACAGUCUGUGGACUCCCCCAACCUCAGCUGAGGACCGAGGCGUGUGCCCCGCUGGCUGGGGGCGGUGGCAGGAUUCAGGGGGACAGUCGGCGGGCAGGCAGGCAGCUUCCCUUUCAGGAAAGCACCAGCUUGGGUUGGCUCAGAGCAUCGCACUCUGGCGCCAGGUGGUGCAGUCCCUGUGCAGAGGCCCUGCUGUGUGCCACCUUCUCUCCAGGGUGCGGCGCCUCAGAGGAGGGGGCUCUGGGGACUGCACCAGGCCAAGGUGCCGGCUGGAGGGGUGGGGCGAGGGCAGGGGGCAGCCAUUGUGUCUGGAGAAGGAAGCCUCAGCCCUGUGGUGUCCUGCCCCGCCUGUGCCCAGCAGCCAUCCUCAGCCUGGCCGCCUACUGUGCCGUCUUCCUCCCCGCUCCCUCCCCCCUCCCCGUCUCCAGCCCUGCCCCACCCUUUCUCGGACCCUCACCUGAUCCUUUGCUUCCUUCUUUUUAAUUGUCUCCUCACGUCUUCAGAUCAUUCUAAUCAUUUGGGGACCUAAUCAUGUACAUUGACAAGGGUAAAUUAUGAUUUCCGGUUUUGUUUUCUGUUAUUUUUAAAGAAUUUUUGCAAAACAAAUCUAUUUAAUUUGAGCUUAUUCUAUCUGAUGGCUGAAGAUAGCAGCGGAUUUUUUCAUAUGUUGAUUUAUUUCAUUUGGAUUUUUUAUUCUCUAUUGUCUUUCUUCCCCCUCCCCCUUCCCCAAACCCUGUCUUGAGAAUUUUCUGGCAUGUUUCUGGAGGUUUCAAAGGAAAUAAAUGUUUCAUAGAAAUGGUUUGUG